UCGAGAACAAAACCUUUGGUGUUGUCAUCAUCUGCUCACUUUUCAGCAGCUCCUUCUGAGGGUUGUUUCAGCUAUGAAGAUGAAGCAACUGUGGAUUUUUGUCUUAUCUCUGAAUAUAAUAACCUCUGCUCAAGAUGUCGAUUCUUUCAGACCAUUAUUUCUAUCAUUCAUCACAGUGAAGUCUGGAGAGCAUCUUUCUCUUAACUGUAUAUUUAAAAUCCCUCAAAAGUCUGAAACUGUGGUUUGGUACAAACAAAAAUUUGGAGAAAUGCCUCAAAAAUUAGCAGAAAAAGGAGCAUUUAAAGAGGUCAAAUUUUCCCCCGUUUUCAACAAGUUAGGAUUUAAUCCAACUGAUGAUGGUUUUUCUCUGACAAUUCCACAUAUAAAUAAAGAUCAUGGAGGACUUUAUUUCUGUGGAAGAAUUGACUUGGACACGCUCACAUUAUCUAAUGGAACGUUCGUGUCUGUAACAGGUGAUGAAGAUAAAAAAGUUUUAGUGUUUCAGAGCAGUGUAUCAGACUCGGUUCCUGCAGGAGCAUCAGUGACUCUGCAGUGUUCGGUUCUCUCUGAGAGCAGAGCAGCAGAACUCCAAGUGCUCUGGUUCAGAGCUGCUCCAUCACAAUCCCAUCCUCAAAUCAUUUACACUCAUCACAACAGCAGCCUUCAGUGUGAGAGUGAAUCUUCUACACACACCUGUGUGUCCAAGUUGUCAAAGAACAUCUUCAGCCUCAAUGAUACUGGUACUUACUACUGCGCUGUGGUCCUGUGUGGGAAGAUCAUUUUCGGGAAAGGAACACGAGUACAGCUGGAGAAUGAUCUAAUAUCUGUGAGACCUGAAGUGAUCUGUCUCACAGCAGUGGUGGUCGUGUGUGUGAUUGUGAUCUGCGUUCAAGCUUUUAUUAUCUGUAAAACGAGAAACUGUGAACAAUCUGGAGUGAGACCUCCAAAAGAUUCAGUUAUAAAGAAAACACCUGAUCAGGGUGGUGAUGCAGUAGAGCUGAAUUACGCUGCUUUACAUUUCAAUAAGAAGAACACCAAAAGAGUGAAGAGAAAGAAAGAAAACCCUGGAGAUUGUGUUUAUUCUGAAGUGUCACAUGUUUCCUAGAUCAUAUUUCUAAUUUCAAUAGGCUUUUAUUUAUAAAUUUGUUUAUUGUAAAGUUUAAUUUAAAGAAGUUGAGGUUUAUUAAACAUCUCCAGAUGUUCUCUAUAAAGUGUCAUUCUUUCUGUGGGAACUGCUUGAGGAUCCCCACAGGUGCUCAAUAGGGUUCAGGUUUGAAUACAUACUUGGCCACUGCCUCAUCUUCACCUUCAGCUUCCUCAGCAAGGCAGUUUUCAUGUUAGCGGUGUGUUUGGAUUUGAUAUUAUGUUAUGAAAACAAUGGGAUCCAUGUUUUCCUCAAUGCACCACAGCUCCCCAGUACCAGCAGCACUCCUGCAGCCCCAGACUAAGAUGUUGCCAACUUUUUUUGGGCUUUCUUGUGAGCCACCUUCAGAAGAGACUUCUUUCUGGGAUGACGACCCGCAAACCGACUUCUUGCAGUGUUGAUCUGAUCACUGACAAACAGACUUUCCACUUCUGCAACCUCUGAAGCAAUUCUGGAUCUUCUGCAUCUGAAGCACAGCAUGAGGACAUAACUUCUUUGAUGGACCCUUGAGAGGGCUGUUCUAAGAGGAACCCAUCUUGGAAUACCUCUGUUUGACCCUGGCCACUGUACUGUAUCUCAGUGUCAGGGUGGUUCUGAUCUUCUAAACCAGCAAAAUCUACCAGCAUGUU